AUGCAGGGAGCUCGUAUGGGAAUCAAAAGAAGGGUUUGGAAUGCAUCUAGAAUAUGCCAGAAUAUUGCAGCAAAAGUGAAUAUUCAUUCAAAUGUAAUAGACUGUUGGAGUGUUCUACUAAACAAAUUGGAAGAGAGUAAGGCAGAUUCGUCAUAUUAUAGACUUUUUUUUACAAUAGGCACACUGCGUGAAUCAAUGUAUGAUGAAAUGGUGAACGAAGAUGUAAGAUGCAUAGAGUUUGAAGUUAUGGUCUCCUCAUCAAUUGAAGAUCUUACAACUGAUUCUGAGCUAAAAAACGUCGAUUUGGUUUUCUUCCCCAUUGUUGAUGGGAAUUACUACCUGAUAUGUUUUAACCUUAAAAGUUUUUCAAUUUUGAUAAUUGAUCAAAUGAGAUUGGUGGGAACAGUUGAGUCCGUCUAUGGGAACAUACCCCGUGUGCUGAAGUUAAGGUACAAGUAUUUGGUGAGGUUGCUUUUGUCUGAUCAUAAUAUUUUGAAGUGUGAAUUUGAAAAGGAGUAUGCAAAAUUUGUUAAGAUGGAUAAGGCGACAAGGAAGAAAAUCGUUCAAGGGAAUCUAAAAGUAGUCUUUGAAGCUGAUGGUAAUUGA